AGUAGUGGUGAGACUAAUUAAGUUGCAUUAGUGAUGGGAAGACAACCUUGCUGCGACAAACUUGGAGUGAAAAAAGGGCCAUGGACAGCUGAGGAGGACAAGAAACUCAUCAACUUUAUUCUCACCAAUGGUCAGUGCUGUUGGCGAGCCGUCCCUAAACUUGCUGGCCUCCGUCGCUGCGGCAAAAGUUGCCGGCUUCGUUGGACUAAUUAUCUUCGGCCAGACUUGAAGAGAGGUCUUCUCACUGAGGCUGAAGAACAAUUAGUUAUUGAUCUUCAUGCUCGUCUUGGCAAUAGGUGGUCCAAGAUUGCAGCUAGGUUGCCAGGAAGAACUGAUAAUGAGAUUAAGAAUCAUUGGAACACCCAUAUCAAGAAAAAGCUCCUUAAAAUGGGAAUUGAUCCAGUCACUCAUGAGCCCUUCCACAAAGAAUCUAAGGCUGAACAAAUUUCCUCUCAUGCUGAUGAUAAUUUGCCACAACCUGGAAAUCAUCAGUUAAUGCUUGAAACUGAUGGUGCCAACAACAUGGAAGAUAACUCAAGCUCACAAACUGAAAAUUCUUCAAGUGAUGAUCCGCGUUUGCUUGAAAGUAUUUGCAACGAUGAUUCGUUAUUAAACAGCUUGUGGAUGGAUGAACCUCCCUUUGUUGAUGGCACAUCCUGGAAUAAUCAACCUCCUCCUCAAAAUAUCAGUAACAUGAGCUUGCCAUCUUGGGAGGAUAACUGUUCGUGGUUAUUGGAUUGUCAGGAUUUUGGAAUUCAUGAUUUUGGAAUCGAUUGUUUCAGUGACAUUGAAUUUAACACACUCACCACGUUGGAGAUGGGAGAAAGUAAACAUUAGCAGUAGCAUUAAGGAAAAGAUUAAGCUUGAAAAGUUAAUGCACAUGUUACGAAGUACCAUGUCUAGUUCAUUUUUUGGGUUCUCAGUGUUGAUUUUAUUUUAAGAGGUACUUUCUCACCAACCGAAUCAAAUGAUACCAACCUUGCAUAUCCCUACAAUUUUAUAUUAUAUCUUGGUGCCUUACAUGUGUUGUAAUUUUCUGUAUAAAAAAGAGAUACAUUGGACAAUAUUAUCAAUGUGUGUAGUGGGUUUUGCAAACAUGCAUCAAACCAUUUGUACAUAUUCUAUUUAUAUUCCAAAUAAUAAAGAAGUUAUUUUUAUUUUA